UGUUGACGUUGUUGCUAUGCGCAAAAACAGCGGGCUUCUGGUGACUAUUUUGAGCAAACACUGUCACUGCCAUUAGAGACGGAGACUGAUGUUUGAUGUCCGGGGAAAAGACAGCACCUGAUCAGUUUAUAAAUAUUUUCUUGUAGUUACAUAAAUCAUGAGUUACUUAAAUCCAUUGUCAAAAGAUACCUUGCCUCGAUUGCAGUCAGCAGAACCACGGUCGCAUCUUGUGGAGCCAUUGAGUGCCCGGCGAAUCCGCGCUUUAGAAGAAGAAUUGGCUGUUUACAAAAGGUUGCAUUCGGCACCACCUGGAAUUCUAAGGCACAAUGACUAUGACAGUGGUAACCAAACCCGACGAGCUGUUGCGGAGCUGCAAGAACAAAUGCUGGGUCUGCGUGAAGAACUAAGAAAGAAAGAUGCUACCAUUCAGCACUUAGUCAGUUUGGAAUCAGCACCCAAGAUCCGACACUCUACAGAAGGAGUCAGAUUUGAGCCACUUUAUCAGGGUGAAAGAGCUGCUUUAGAAUGUGCUCGCAGUGAUCUUGCUAGUCUACAAGUCAAGUUUGACAGAGCCAAUCAGCAGCUAAAAGAUACUGAAAUACAGUUGGAAGCAAAGGAAAUCAAGGUGAAGGAACUGCACAACCUCCUAGAAGUAAGUCGCGACAAUGAGUCUCGUUUGUCUGACAUCAUACAGACUCUUCGGGACAGAGUUAGAGAGUUGGAGGAUCAUGUGGGGUCAUAUGAAGCUGUCUCUAAUCGUGGAGAGUAUACAGUCACUGCACUGCAGCGGGAACUGCGGGAAGCCAGUGAUAAAAUUAUGCAUCUUGAAGGACGUCUGAGGAAGCAGAUUGAAGAGCGAGAUAUGGUGGAGACUAGUGCAGGUCAAGCAGAAAGGAGACUGGCUGAUUUAAUAUCUCAGCUUUCCAGUCUUGUGUACUCUGAAGAUGCCUCAGACUUCUCAUCUCAGUCUGUUGACCGAGUUGUCAGAAAGAUCACAGAUUUGGUGCAAGAAAAUGCUUUGCUGAAAGGGAAGCUUGUAACAUUAAAUGAAACUUUAGCUAGUACUCAGCUGGAAAGUAAAGCAAGCCGUGAGACUAUCAUGCGGCUUGUAUCAGAAAUGAAUCGAGACCAGAAAGUGACCACAAAAUACACCAGUGAGGUGGAAAACUUGCGUAUGGAGCGGGAUAAUGCUUUGAUGUCCAAACGUGACGUAGAAAGAGAGGUGGAACUAUUGAAAGAACGGCUUGAGGCUAAUCAGAGGGCCAUGGAUGCCACUCGUGCAGAGCUGGAACUUCGUGACAACCGCCUGUCAACGUUGGACAGAGAGGUGCGAAUCAAUUCACAUAAUGUACACAGUGCAGCUACUGCCUUCAGCUUGUUCCGUGAACAGUUGGCUAAUAUACUUAGCUCUGCCUAUGAGACAAUAGAGCCAACAGAGGAAGCUAUCAAACAAACAGCACAUCGCAUAGCCAGUUCUUAUCGUGAACUUGUCCUGAGAGUAGAGGAUUAUGAGAAUCGAGUUAAAAGCUUAACAGAGCAGCUUGACCGACAACUGGAGCUAUGUCGGGAACAGUCCCAACGUGUAAAGCGAUAUGAGGCUGAAGCAUAUGACCUAGACAACAAGCUGCGCAGCGCUGAAGGCGAGCUAGCAGCUGGAGAUGUGCUGAGGGAUGGUUUCAAGACUGACAAAGAAAGGUACCUGCGUGGACUGCAGAAGCUGGGAGAAAUAAUGAAAAUGGAUCGCAUCUCAUUAGACAUGGGUCUGGACAUGACAAUGGACUCACUGACUGCACGAGCAGAGCAGCUUGUCAGAUUAGAAGCAGAUGCACUUGCUGACCGUUCUACCCAUGUCUACAAUUUGCAGCGCAAGGUAAAAAAUCUGAAGGAGCAGUUGGAGUCAAAGGAACUGCACAUUGACUUGUUGCGCAAGAAGCUGACAGGGUUGGAAGAGAAAGUGCAUGGACGGAUAGAGCUGGAAAAGGGUCAUAACAAUGACCUUCAGCGCCUACAUAAAUUGGAGCGCUUAGUGGAAAAAUACAAAGUACAACUGACAGAUGCUCGCCAAGAAAUACAAAAUUUGAAGGCCCAGCUGCUUGGCACAACUGAACUUAAGAUGAGGACUAUGGAACAGCGCAGGGAUGUAGAGGAGCUGGUGAAACAGGUUGAAGAGCUGGAGCAGGUGAGACGCAAACAAGCACACAAGAUAUCAUCCCUCAAGGAAGAAAUUGCUUCGGCAGGAUCACAGACACAGGAAAAGCAGGUUGUUGCUGAGAAUGCUGUUCAGGCACUUUCAUCAGAGCUUCGCACCACAAAGAAUGCAUUAGAUUCCAUCAAGUACAGAGAAAAACAGCUGCUUGAUUUCCGCAGUGUUGUCUCACGAAUGCUGGGACUUGACAUAAACACUUUAGCAGUCCCUGAUUAUGAGAUCAUCACACGACUGGAAAAGUUAAUCAAGGCCCAUCAUUCUACAGCCCUUACCACAAUUGGUUUAGAGGAAGCUUUUGCUGAUGUGGAGGAUGGAUUGGUCAGUGAACUUGAGGCAACUGAUCCUGUUGUACGACGAUCUCGGGAACGGUCCCGACGCAAGGCAGCUAGGGCUCACGUCCGUGCUCGUUCCCUUUCUCCAACAAAGCGAGACACAAGAGUUUAUUGAAGGCAGUGAUAAAGUGGUAAUUGAACAAACAAUUUAAAUUCCUUAAAAACGAAUAUCAGUUUGUUGAGGUGUAAACAAAUUUGUCCUUUUGAUUAUGCUUUUUGAUUUUUUCCUCAAGCAGUUCUGUGGCAGAUGAUAUUAGUGAUAUUAUUCUUAUGUAUAUGAUUAAGUAUAUAAAUGGGACCAUGCUGAUGGACAACUAAUGUAUGAAGACAAUGUCUAAAAGAAGAAAUGAUCCAUCCAUUGCAGAAUGAAGCUUCAUGCCCAAUAGUGGAAAAGCAGCACUGUUAGCUGUUGUGAAAUAAGCCCAAGGCCACCUUAAACAUGUAACUUUUGGAACAAACAUUUUCACCAAAACAUUUAACAUACCAGUUCCAGCUCACAACUAUAGUCAUCUUGUAACCUUUGGUCAUUUAAUGCAACAGCAGCCAGAAUUAUAAAUAGCAUGUCCAGUAAGUUAAUAUCUGAAAUGUCAGCAUUACCUCCAUCGUUGUUUUUUCUGAAGCCACGACAAAGCUUUUGAUCAAAAUCAAAGACACUUGUCAACAGACAACUUUGCUGUUUCAUUCAUGCAACCUAUACCUCGAAAUGUGCAUUAAAUCCUAAUGUUAUUUUAACUGUUGAGAUGAUUUUCACAAGUAAAAAUUGUUCUGAUUAUUAAACAUUAAGAUCUGCACUCAUACCUCUUCUUGGAGAGCAUCUUGUAUUGGAGUCUAUUUGAUAACAUAUGGAAGAUUUGAAAAUAUACCUCAAAGUGUUAUUUUUUUUUUCAAAAGAAUCACUGUAUAUAUAGAUAAUGUGACAAAAAUUUUCAGUGUACAGAAGUUUAUAAUCAUGUCAUAUUGUUAUUUAUUUUUGCAAGAAUUUCUCUCUCUUUGGCAAUAGGGAGCAGAAUUAUUUGCAGAGAAAUGACUAUUCCUUUUCAUCACUUUCCAACAUUUUUACAUGAUUUUGUGGGUGCAUGGAGAACUAUACGGUGGUCUUUAAAAUCAAUCAAAGAAUGAAAAUGCCCAUGUUACAGACAUGUGACUAUGAUCUAUUUUUUACCCCCCUCUGCACUGCUAAGCUUGGCAAAUGUGUUUUAGACUUUGGUAUUUAUUAUUAGCAGUAUAGUUAGGCAGAGGGUAUUAUUAGGGACUGAAAUAUCAAUUUCUUGUUUUUAAAUCUUUUAAUUCAUGACAUAUCUGCAUACUGCAAUGUACUUAUUCUGUUUUGCAUUAUCAAGAUAUGUGCUAAAUUUUUUAAAAUAAAUAUAUUAUGAUAAGUAAACCUUCCAUAUGUUUCUGGAAAAUUUGUCUGAAGUAGUAUUUUUUCCAUUUAAUCAUGUGCACUUAUUUUAGGUCAUAGCAAAUAUUUGUAUUGUCAUCUGCAAAAUAUUUUGAAUAAUUCAUGUACAUGCCUGCUUAUUGACUUCUAGUGUAAAAGUUUUAUCCUCAUCAUAGAUUAUUUUUCUAUGCAUGGAUAUAUUUGAAUGUUUUUUUUUGCCAAUUUUUUGAAAGGUUUUUAACUAGCUAAGAGCUGAUUUAGCAAUUUUUAUGUUAUUUUAUUUGCUCAUCUAUCACCGAAGUUUUGAUGUCCCUCCAUCUACAUGAUGUGCUCUUGUAGAUUACUUGUUAGUUUAUUUGUUUAUGUAGAUAAUAAAAUUGAAUAAUCUUCUUGAGAGUUUUGCAUCUGAUCACUAAAAGAAUCUACUUUCAAGGCAAGCAACUCUGUACAAUCAUUAAAUUUAAACUGAGCAAAUCAAAAUUGCACUUUAAUUUAAAACUGAAUCAUGUUUAAAUAUUCAAUCAAUAUAUUAUUAAUGUUUAAGGAAUGUAUAUUGAGUAAUCAAUUAUUUUAAUGUUUACUAAAUUUUUAAAAUUAUUAUAAUUUAUUGAUUAUUAUUUAAGGAGGCCAGACAGAGAACUUCAAAUUAUAGAUCUUGAAGUUAAAGAAAAGUUAAUAUUUCUCAUGAGGACAAUUUUUUAAUAAUUUCUCUUUAGCUAUUCAAUUCAUUUUAUAAUUAUGAGAAAGUGUUUUAUAACUAUAGAGAUAAAAAAUUUGGUGAAACCAGUUAUUUCAUUUAUAUUAUGCUUAGACGUUUUUAUCCAAUUUAUUAUAUAGCUAUAUGUAUAGUGAUAGAUAUGUAGAAUGAUAUACAUAGAAAAUGCAUUAUAAUUCUUACUAUACAAUUCUAUAAUUAUUGAAUCGAAUUGAAUUGUGUUUGCAAAAACUCACAUUUGCAUAGAGUUGUGACUAAAUGUGACUAAACCGGACGCUUUGUAGUAGCAUGCCUCGUUUUAUUACUUAACUGGAAAAAAAAAUCGUCUGCCAGCAGUCCAGUAAUACAAGUUCGUGACAUUUGGAAAUUUGAGGUAAUUUAUGGAAUUAAAUCAUUGGUACUACAGGAAUUUUGCCAUUCUACAACAAUAAAUGAAACUCUCUUAA